GACAAGAUGGAGCAGCCAGUGCUUGUACCACCAGGUCCGGACAGCUUUCACUACUUCACUAGAGAGUCUCUUGCAGCUAUUGAACAACGCAUUGCUGCAGAAAAGGCCAAGCAGUCCAAACAAGACCAUAAAGACGAUAACGAAAAUGGCCCAAAACCAAGUAGUGACUUGGAGGCUGGCAAAUCGCUGCCAUUUAUUUAUGGUGACAUCCCUGCUGGAAUGGUCGCUACUCCCCUGGAAGACCUGGAUCCAUUUUAUGUUAAUACAAAAACUUUUAUAGUAUUGAAUAGAGGGAAGGCAAUUUUCCGAUUCAGUGCCACCCCUGCCCUGUACAUUUUAACUCCUUUCAACCCUCUUAGAAAAAUAGCUAUUAAGAUUUUGGUACAUUCAUUAUUCAGCAUGCUCAUUAUGUGCACUAUUUUGACCAACUGCGUAUUUAUGACCCUAAGUAACCCCCCUGAUUGGACAAAGAAUGUAGAAUAUACAUUCACAGGAAUAUAUACCUUUGAAUCACUUAUAAAAAUAAUUGCAAGGGGCUUUUGUAUAGAUGGUUUUACCUUCCUCCGAGAUCCCUGGAACUGGCUUGAUUUCACUGUCAUUACGUUUGCAUAUUCUUUUGUCAUCAUUGGUAUUUUAAGUACCCUGAAAACAUUCAGAGUUCUCCGGGCAUUGAAAACAAUAUCAGUCAUCCCAGGUCUGAAGACAAUUGUGGGAGCUCUCAUUCAAUCUGUGAAGAAGCUGUCUGAUGUGAUGAUUCUGACGGUGUUUUGUCUGAGUGUCUUUGCUCUCAUAGGACUCCAACUGUUCAUGGGGAACUUGAGGCAUAAAUGUUUGUUUUGGAAUCCACCAAAUUCUACAGAUUCCAAUGAUACCGAUCUAUUUAAUACUACAUUUGGAGAAAACAGUACACUGAAUAUUACCCCAUUUGACUGGAACGCAUACAUACAAGAUGAAAAUAAUUUUUAUUUUUUGGAAGGACAAAAUGAUGCUUUGCUUUGCGGUAACAGUACUGAUGCAGGUCAAUGUCCAGAAGGCUAUUUUUGCAUAAAAGCUGGAAGGAAUCCAAACUAUGGUUAUACAAGUUUUGAUACGUUCAGCUGGGCCUUCUUGUCUCUCUUUCGAUUGAUGACUCAGGACUUCUGGGAAAAUCUAUAUCAGCUGACUCUACGUGCUGCAGGCAAAACAUAUAUGAUCUUUUUUGUCCUGGUGAUUUUCUUGGGUUCUUUCUACCUGAUCAACUUGAUCCUGGCUGUUGUUGCCAUGGCCUAUGAAGAGCAGAAUCAAGCCACCAUGGAAGAAGCUGAGCAGAAAGAGGCUGAGUUCCAGCAGAUGCUGGAACAGCUGAAAAAACAGCAAGAAGCGGCUCAGGCAGUGGCAAUAGCUGCAGCAACUGUAUCGGCAGAAUCUAAAGAUCCCAGCGCAGGAGGUAGAACGGGGGAACUUUCAGAAAGUUCUUCUGAAACAUCAAAAUUGAGUUCCAAGAGUGCCAAAGAGAGGAGAAAUAGAAGGAAGAAGAGAAAACAAAAAGAACAAUCUGGUGGAGAGGAAAAAGAUGAAGAUGAGUUUCACAGAUCUGAAUCUGAAGAUAGUAUCAGGAGAAAAGGUUGCCGAUUCUCCAUUGAAGGGAAUAGGUUAACACUAGAAAGGAAACAUUCUUCUCCCCACCAGUCUUUGCUGAGCAUGCGUGGCUCGCUGUUUUCCCCACGGCGCAACAGCAGAACAAGUCUUUUCAGCUUCAGAGGUAGAGCAAAGGAUAUAGGAUCAGAGAAUGACUUUGCUGAUGAUGAACACAGCACUUUUGAAGAUAAUGAUAGCAGAAGAGAUUCUCUUUUUGUGCCGCGCAGACAUGGUGAACGGCGCAACAGUAACAUUAGUCAGGCCAGUAGGUCAUCCAGGAUGCUGGCAGUGUUUCCAGUGAAUGGGAAGAUGCACAGCACUGUGGAUUGCAAUGGGGUGGUUUCCUUGGUUGGUGGACCAUCUGUUCCUACAUCGCCUGUUGGACAGCUUCUGCCAGAGGUGAUAAUAGAUAAACCAGCUACUGAUGACAAUGCCACAACAACAGAAACAGAAUUGAAAAAAAGAAGAUCAAGUUCUUUUCAUAUUUCUAUGGACUUUUUGGAAGACCCCACUCUAAGAGAAAGAGCCAUGAGCGUAGCUAGCAUAAUCACAAACACCAUGGAAGAACUUGAAGAGUCACGACAGAAGUGCCCACCUUGCUGGUACAAAUUUGCAAACAUUUUCUUAAUCUGGGACUGCUGUCCGUGCUGGCUGAGACUAAAGCAUAUUGUUAACAUCAUAGUGAUGGAUCCAUUUGUUGACCUUGCUAUUACAAUUUGCAUUGUUUUAAAUACAUUGUUCAUGGCAAUGGAACAUUACCCAAUGACCGAAAGAUUUGCUGAAGUCCUUAAUGUUGGAAACUUGGUUUUCACUGGAAUCUUCACAGGAGAAAUGGUUCUUAAACUAGUAGCCAUGGAUCCAUAUUAUUAUUUCCAAGAAGGCUGGAAUAUUUUCGAUGGUGUUAUUGUCACCCUUAGUUUGGUUGAACUUGGCCUUGCAAAUGUGGAAGGACUCUCAGUUCUCCGAUCGUUCAGACUGUUGCGAGUUUUCAAAUUGGCUAAAUCUUGGCCAACGCUAAAUAUGCUGAUCAAAAUUAUUGGAAACUCUGUUGGUGCUUUGGGAAAUCUGACUUUGGUCCUGGCCAUCAUUGUCUUCAUUUUUGCUGUGGUUGGUAUGCAGCUCUUUGGUAAAAGCUACAAGGAAUGUGUGUGCAAGAUUGCAAAAAAUUGUGAACUCCCUCGCUGGCACAUGAAUGAUUUUUUCCACUCAUUCUUGAUCGUGUUCCGAGUACUUUGUGGAGAAUGGAUAGAAACCAUGUGGGACUGUAUGGAGGUUGCAGGUCAAGCCAUGUGCCUUACAGUCUUCAUGAUGGUUAUGGUGAUUGGAAAUUUAGUGGUGCUGAAUCUCUUUUUGGCCUUGCUCCUGAGCUCAUUUAGUGCAGAUAACCUUGCUGCCACAGACGAUGAUAAUGAAAUGAACAAUCUCCAGAUUGCAGUGGCGAGAAUUGAUAAAGGAAUAGAUUUUGUAAAAAGAAAAAUCCGUGAAUUCAUCCAGAAAUCCUUUGUCAAAAAGCAAAAAGCUCUAGAUGAAAUCAAACCUCUUGAGGAGCUCCACAAUAAGAACAGCUGCAUUUCUAACCAUACAAUGGAAAUUGGCAAAAAUCUUGAUUAUUUUAGAGAUGGAAAUGGAACCACCACUAGUGGCAUAGGCACCGGCAGCAGUGUGGAAAAAUACGUGGUAGAUGAAAGCGAUUACAUGUCAUUCAUUAACAAUCCAAGUCUGACUGUGACUGUGCCAAUUGCUGUUGGGGAAUCUGAUUUUGAAAAUUUAAAUACCGAGGAGUUCAGCAGUGAGUCGGAUUUGGAAGAAAGCAAAGAAAAACUCAAUUCUUCUAGCUCAUCUGAAGGAAGCACAGUUGAUAUUGGGCUCCCUGCUGAAGAGCAACCAGAGGCAGAACCUGAGGAAGCUCUUGAACCUGAAGCUUGUUUCACAGAAGGUUGCGUACAAAGAUUCAAGUGUUGUCAAGUUAAUGUAGAAGAAGGAAGAGGAAAACAAUGGUGGAAUCUCAGAAAAACUUGUUUCCGGAUAGUUGAACACAAUUGGUUUGAAACCUUCAUUGUCUUUAUGAUUCUUCUUAGCAGUGGUGCUUUAGCAUUUGAAGACAUAUACAUAGAACAGAGGAAAACUAUCAAGACCAUAUUGGAAUAUGCUGACAAGGUCUUCACUUACAUAUUCAUUCUUGAAAUGCUUCUGAAGUGGGUAGCAUAUGGAUAUCAAACAUACUUUACUAAUGCCUGGUGUUGGCUGGAUUUCCUGAUUGUUGAUGUAUCUUUGGUUAGUUUAACAGCAAAUGCGCUGGGUUAUUCAGAGCUUGGUGCCAUUAAAUCCCUUCGGACACUGAGAGCAUUGAGACCUUUAAGAGCCUUGUCAAGAUUUGAAGGGAUGAGGGUGGUUGUGAAUGCCCUUCUUGGAGCAAUUCCAUCCAUCAUGAACGUGCUUCUUGUUUGUCUUAUAUUCUGGCUGAUUUUCAGCAUAAUGGGAGUAAACUUGUUUGCUGGCAAAUUCUACUACUGUGUUAAUACCACAACUGGCGACAUGUUCCGAAUUGAUGAAGUUGCCAAUAAGACUGAGUGUGAGAAUCUCAUACAUGCAAAUGAAACUGCCAGAUGGAAAAAUGUGAAAGUUAACUUUGAUAAUGUAGGAUUUGGGUAUCUUUCUUUACUGCAAGUAGCCACAUUUAAAGGAUGGAUGGAUAUUAUGUAUGCAGCAGUUGAUUCAAGAAAAGUACUUGAACAGCCUAAGUAUGAAGAUAACCUUUAUAUGUAUAUUUACUUUGUCAUCUUUAUCAUCUUUGGAUCAUUUUUUACCCUGAAUCUAUUUAUUGGUGUCAUCAUAGAUAACUUCAAUCAACAAAAAAAGAAGUUUGGAGGUCAAGACAUCUUUAUGACAGAAGAACAGAAAAAGUACUACAAUGCAAUGAAAAAAUUGGGGUCUAAAAAGCCUCAAAAACCUAUACCUAGGCCAGGGAACAAGUAUCAAGGCAUGGUGUUUGAUUUUGUGACCAGACAAGUAUUUGACAUCAGUAUUAUGAUUCUUAUCUGCCUUAAUAUGAUCACCAUGAUGGUAGAAACAGAUGAUCAGAGUAAACAAACAGAAGAUAUUCUCUACCGCAUUAAUUUGAUAUUUAUUGUCCUUUUCACUGGAGAAUGUGUCCUCAAAUUAAUUUCCUUGCGCUAUUAUUAUUUCACAAUUGGAUGGAACAUUUUUGACUUUGUGGUUGUCAUCCUUUCCAUUGUAGGUAUGUUUUUGGCAGAGAUCAUUGAGAAAUACUUUGUGUCCCCCACCCUGUUCAGAGUGAUCCGACUUGCCAGGAUAGGUCGAAUCCUGCGUCUAAUCAAGGGGGCAAAAGGGAUCCGCACCCUGCUUUUUGCCUUGAUGAUGUCUCUUCCGGCCUUGUUUAACAUUGGUCUCCUCCUUUUCCUGGUCAUGUUCAUCUACGCUAUCUUUGGAAUGUCCAACUUUGCCUAUGUGAAGAGAGAAGUUGGCAUUGAUGACAUGUUCAACUUUGAAACUUUUGGCAACAGCAUGAUCUGCCUUUUCCAAAUUACCACCUCUGCUGGCUGGGAUGGUUUGCUAGCACCUAUCCUGAACAGUGGGCCUCCAGACUGUGACCCUAAAAAAGACCACCCGGGAAGCUCAGUCAAGGGAGACUGUGGCAAUCCUUCCGUUGGGAUUUUCUUCUUUGUCAGCUACAUUAUCAUCUCCUUUUUAGUUGUAGUAAACAUGUACAUUGCUGUCAUUUUGGAAAACUUUGGUGUGGCAACUGAAGAAAGUGCUGAGCCUUUGAGCGAGGAUGAUUUUGAGAUGUUUUAUGAGGUCUGGGAAAAGUUUGACCCAGAUGCUACUCAGUUUAUGGAAUUUGAAAAACUUUCAGAAUUUGCAGCUGCUCUGGAGCCUCCUCUUCACUUACCCAAACCAAACAAGGUUCAGCUUAUUGCAAUGGACCUGCCCAUGGUGAGUGGUGACAGGAUUCACUGCCUCGAUAUAUUGUUUGCUUUUACCAAACGUGUCCUGGGGGAGAGUGGAGAGAUGGACGCUCUCCGCAUUCAGAUGGAAGACCGCUUUAUGCAGUCAAAUCCAUCCAAAGCCUCCUAUGAGCCCAUCACAACUACCUUAAAAAGGAAACAAGAGGAGCUAUCAGCUAUCAUUAUCCAACGGGCUUUCAGACGUUAUCGUCUGAGACAAACAGUAAAGCAAGCUUCAUUUUUAUAUAAUAAAAAUAAAAUUGAAGGAGGGGCUAGUCAACGUAUUAAAGACGAAUUCCUCGUUGACAAGUUGAAUGAAAACUCUUAUACCGAAAAAACAGACAUGACCAUGUCAACAGCUAUCUGUCCACCAUCCUAUGAUCGUGUAACCAAGCCAGUUGAAGAAAAACAUGAAAAAGAAGGCAAAGAUGUACAAAAGAAAAAAUAA